AUGGUUCUGGUUUAUGUUUGCAGCACCUAUUGAAUUUCUACAGUACUGAAUGGUUAAGUUACUGGAUAAUAUCCAUGGGCCUGGACAUGAGUUUGAAUCCCACCACAGAAAAUGGAGAAUUUUAAAUUCAAUGACAGCAAUGCCACGUUUCAUCUGGGAGAAAUAACCUGGCAGCUUGUGUAGUGUCAGUGCCUGCUACAGAAAGUAGCCAUCUGAACACACAGGUGCCUGUCUGUAGCCAUCCUUGCCCUGCUGGUAAGGAUUGGGCAAAGGUGCAGAAUGGAACAAAGAAAUGUGUUGUUAGGGUCUAUGAACCCGCCGUUGGGCUUGGAUGCAGAGGGUAGCCCUGGCAAGAAUACCCCAUCGAGUUGCUACAGCAAAGCUGUUGGCAGGAGAGAGGAAGAGUUGGAGGGGACUGCCUUGGAUGAGGAAGAUGGUACGCACUGGAAGCAGGAGGAGGGCAAAGUGGUCGACUUGAGGCAAGUGCUCGACCCGCCAAACUCGGACCAGCAGCAGUUCUCUGUCAAGGAGACAAACUUUACGGAGGGCAGCCUGAAGCUGAAAAUUGGGCUGCAGCCGAAGAGGACUAAAAAACCCCCGAAAAGCCUGGAGAAUUACGUUUGCCGGCCAGCCAUAAAAACCACCAUCAAGCACUCGCGAACGAAGGUAGCCAAGAGUGGGAAGAUCUCCGAGGAGAGGGAGGAAGACAGCGAGCAGAAGCGGGUAAGGUUUGCACGUCGCAGUAAGAUUUUGUGGAGCUUGGCUCUUGAUGACUUUCACUUUUUGAUCAAGUCGAAUUCCAGCGUCUCAUCUGAUACACCGUGGAAGCAGGCAUUUCAGCCCGACUUGCUCAUGCCGAUCUAA